CGUGAGAUGUUUAGUCCGCACUCUACAGGGGGCAGCCAUUUUCUUAAAGGCUGUUCAGCUCGCGACAAUUUCAGAGCACUGACGUGAAAAAUCUGGGAUGCUUUCGGGUCUAGUUAUCAACUCUGGGAAUGAGGCAGAAAGAAAACACGUCUACCACUCAGGCAUAGGAGUGUCCAGCUCAAGUGUCUUACUACUUCCAGGUCCCCCAAUUUACUUGUUUCCUGGGUUCUUAGAAGUGAUGAAGCAAACGCAGAGAAUAGGGCCUAAGCCUAUUAAAGACGUUUUUCCACCGGCGGGUCCUAGGCCAGGAGUCUUAGGGUAUUUGGAUCAUACGGCAGAUGUCCAGUUACAUGCGUGGGGAGAUACUCUGGAGGAAGCAUUUGAGCAAUGUGCAAUGGCCAUGUUUGGUUACAUGACAGAUACUGGGACUGUGGAGCCCCUCCAAACACUAGAAGUAGAAACCCAAGGAGAUGACUUAGAGUCUCUUCUGUUUCACUUUUUGGAUGAGUGGCUUUAUAAGUUCAGUGCUGACGAAUUCUUCAUACCCCGGGAAGUGAAGGUACUUCAUAUCGAUCAAAGAAAUUUCAAAUUACGGUCAAUUGGAGAGCAUGCACAUGAGUCGGGGAGGGGCAGAAGGAGAGAGAGAAUCUUAAGCAGGCUCUGUGCCCAGCGCAUGGGCUUAUGACCUGAGCCAAAAUCAAGAGUCAGACGCUUAACCGACUGAGCCACAUAGGUGUUCCGUGUUCUUCCAGUAUUUCUAUAUGUGGUAUCUGCAUUUUACAAACAUGGAAAUUAGUAACACCUAGAACCACCUGGCUGUAUGACUCUCUUCAUUGUCUUCAUACCAUAUCCUUUAAUAUAUAACAAAUCACAUUUAUGUAAUGAUCCUCUGAGGUUAGUAUAGCAGCCAUCACUCACAUUUUAUAUAUAAGGAAGCACUUCAUGUUUGGGUGAUAUUUCUAAGGUACAACCCAAAAAGAGAUCACUGACAAAGAUUGUGCCACUUUCUCUGACAUUUAUUCUGAAAGUUCAAAAGUUAAUGUUAUUUAGCAGAGACAUUUGAACUAUAGGAACGUCUGGUUUCCUAGGACAAGACAGUAAAGAAUGGUGGAUUUCUACUGUUUCUUCCCACUGUCAAAUAAAUAUACAACUGUG